AUGUCCUUAUUCUCCUCAUUCCGUCCCAAAAGUCGGAAACAUUCUACCCCGAACUAUUGGUGCUGCGUUCGCGGUCAUAUGCCUGUUGAGCAUAAGUCCUCAUUCGAACUCGAAGCUUCUCAAUUCGUCCCCUUCACAACCACCACAUCCCCUCUUCAGCAUCUCAAUAUUCCCCGUCGUCAGCCUUCUUCGCUAAGCUCGAUUCUUUCUUCGGUGCCAAUUACCAACUACACCAUCCUAACUGACAUCAUGUUCUUUCUUCUUUUCCUUUCGCCCUUCGUAACUUUCCUGACACUUGCCACAUUAACGGGAUAUUAUGCGGACAUUGGAGAUAUUGAAAGCGCAAAUUCGUAUUUUCGCGUUCACCAGUUGGUAUGGUUCUCUUGGGGCUUGUUGUACGUGACAGUGAUGGUUGGUGCGUGGUGCCGAUUCAUUAAUGUAGUAUGGGACGGAAUUGAGGGAAUGCGUGGAGAAAAUGUGAACAUGACCGAAGGAACAAGAGAUAGGGGCAGGGAAGUAAGAAUGAAAUUGUUACAACUGAGAAGUGGAUCUUGGAAUCUCUCAUUACCAAUCCUGGCCCAACUAAUAAUUGCCCUCAUACAACUUCCUGCCUGCCUACUUUACGGUUUAUAUCAUCAUAACAAGACCAUUUAUUAUCGAGAGAUUAAUCUUUUAUACUUCUUUAUUUGGAACCUGUUGGUACCGGUGGUAAUUAAUGUUACGCAGUUAGUGAUGAUUUAUCACAUAAUGGUUACUCCUAAAAGAUCGUCCUCUUCUCCCAAGUAUUCACCUUUUUUAGUUCAGCACCACUUUCCUCCCAGCAUGCAAAAUCUAAACUUUGGCGAUUCGUUGGCCUCUCACUUUGAUUCCGAAGAUGUAAAGUUUCCCGAAAAGCAAAGGAUCCCCGUUCACGAUUAUAGCUAUAAAAACAAUGAUUCCUCGAUGACUCCUAACCAGACUCAAGAACUUGAUCCGAUUCCGACAAUGAUGCCCCGACCUCCGCAGAGAUCGUUUACGAGUCCAUGGAUCCCACAUAGCACGCAUUUCUCCGUUAACAAAAGACAUGACUCUGAUCCCGAAUAUACAUUGUAUCACCAAAGGAAGAGGCUCGACGAUACAUUUACUGUUUCCAGUCAAAACGAUGCCAAUAACAAUCCAAGCACUUAUGAUUACUACUUUGAUUCUGGGGGAUAUGUUCGCCGGAGUUUUAAUAAGGGGGUUAGAAGUAGUUGGACCGAAAAUUUUGACAGCGACGACAAUAAUCAUUACAUAAUAGAGGACGCGAUAGAAAAGUGCGAAGAGAGUGAUGUGAGAAGUUUUGGAGAAGGGAGUGGUAGUGGUGAUGGUGAAAUAAUUGGAAAACGUGUAGACAGCGUCUUUAAACAUUACAACUCGAAUACCGCAGUCACGAGCACCCAUGUUUCACAUCUGAGCCUACCUGCGACAUCUUCGUCUACUAUGCCACUAUCACUAUCACCCACUGCUAUUCUAUCACCAAUCUUCCCCAAAUCAUUAUCUUCGUCAGCGGAUAUCACGUCAAUAAUACCGACGUUGCCUUCAGAUACGACAUCCACACCAUCGCCGACCCUAAAUUCAUCUCCAAAUAAACUCAAAUCUCCAUUCUCAUCACUGGUGAAUAAUAUAAAAUCCCCCAAAUAUUUUCGACGACAAUCGGAUUCUUUGUUGAUCCGAUCGAGACGGCAAGAGAAAGGAAAAAGAAGAAAUGACGAUUAUUCUCCGGAAAUGAGUUUCAACAGCGCAUUGCAUGAAUCGAAUGUUGUAAGAGGAACAUCAUUUUCGCCCGAAUAUUUAGAUGACGUAAUAAGUAUUGAUGAGAUGAAACCUCCAAAUUCCGAAAAUGGUAGCAGUAUCACGGGUAUAGAUGCGCCAAUGAAUCAACAUAAUCAAAAGAGCACUAGAAGUUUUUUGAGAGGACAUAGACGUAGCACUAGUAGCAGUGGUGGUGGUGCCGGUGGGGUAACGAGCAUUCGUAGCAGUACAGAGGGAAAAGGAAGUUUUAAUGAUCUUGAUAGGAAUGUCUAUUCAGGUGGAUUAAGGGAAGUCACAAAAUCCAUCGCAAGCGGUUUCACUGGAGGUGUGUCCAUACGUCAACAUAUCAGGUAUCCUUUUCAUCAGAGAAGUUUGAGUAGUGGAACAAUUGCUAAAGGUGUAACCAAUUUAACGGCUAAUGAAGCGAACCGAAAGAGAUCCGUAACGUUACCCGAGUCCGAAACAGUGAGGAAUCUCAGAUACCCAAUGCAUCAAAAAAGCUCAUCUUCACCCGAGAAUAUAUUAUCUAAUCUAUACCAAGACGGAAGGGAUAAUGGCGAGGGAACCUCAGGUGGUGGGGGUGAUAGGACAAGGAACGAGAAUUUAGGGGCUGAUGACCUGAGUAACAUGAGGAGGGAGUGGUUGUUGAAGAAACCCGCACCUGCCAUACCUCGGCCGCAAAGAACCGACAGUUAUAGAGAUUACAAAGACAGCAUAUAG